AUGGGCGAGUGUUUGUGGGGUGCGGUGUUGCGGGUGGUGGCGGUGCAGGCGGCGUGGGCGCUGUGCUGGGGGCAGGUGCGGUACUCGGUGCCGGAGGAAGCGAAGGCCGGGACGGUGGUGGGCCGUGUGGCGCAGGACCUGGGUCUGGAGGCGGGCGAGGCGGAGGCGCGGCGGCUGCGGCUGGUGCCUGGGGGCCGGCGGGCGAGCGUGGAGGUGAGCGGGGCGAGCGGGGCGCUGGUGGUGAGCUCGCGGCUGGACCGGGAGGAGCUGUGCGGCAAGAGCGCGCCGUGCGCGCUGCGGCUGGAGGUGCUGCUGGAGCGGCCGCUGCGCGUCUUCCACGUGGAGCUGGAGGUCACCGACAUUAAUGACAAUGCCCCCAUCUUCCCCGCCGCCCGAAAAAACAUCAGUAUUGCCGAAUCGUCUCUGGUGGGUUCCCGUUUCCCGCUGGAGGGCGCGUCAGAUGCGGAUAUUGGAGCGAACGCUCAGCUCUCCUAUACACUCAGCCCCAGCGAACAUUUCUCUCUGGAUUUGCAGCGGAGUGACGAAUACCGUGAAUCCCUGUUUCUGGUGCUCACGAAACCUCUGGACCGGGAGACGGUGGCCGUGCACCGGUUGUUGCUGACGGCGAGUGACGGGGGCCGGCCGUCUCUGACAGGGACGAUGGAACUGGUGAUCUCGGUGCUGGAUGCGAACGACAACGCGCCCCAGUUUAACCAGUCGGUGUAUAAAGUGGAGCUGCCGGAGAGCGCUGCAGAGGGGACGCUGGUGGCGCGAGUGAACGCCACGGAUCCCGAUGUGGGAAGCAAUGGUGAAGUGACGUUCAUUGCAAGCAACACUUUUCCGGAAAAGGGAUUAAACCUUUUCCCUUUAAAUCCAAAGACAGGCGAGAUCCGUCUCAUGGGUGCCCUGGACUAUGAAGACAUCCGUUCGUAUGAGAUACUAAUUGAAGCGACAGAUAAAGGGACACCCCCGCUGUCGGGCCACUGCAAGGUGGUGCUGGAGGUGCUGGACGUGAACGACAACGCGCCGGAGGUGCGGGUGACGUCGCUGUCGGUGCCGGUGGCCGAGGACGCGUCGCUGGGGACGGUGGUGGCCCUGCUGAGCGUGUGGGACCGGGACUCGGGGUCGAACGGUCGUGUGCGGUGCUGGGUGUGGCCGUCGGGUCCGUUCGUUCUGGAGGCGACGUUGUCGGGGUCGUACUCGCUGGUGCUGCGGGAGUUGCUGGACCGGGAGCGGGUGUCGGAGUACGAGGUGGAGGUGCGUGCGGAGGACGGCGGUUCUCCGUCGCUGGGCGGCCGCGUUGGGCUGCGCGUGCCGGUGUCGGACGUGAACGACAACGCGCCGUCGUUCGCGCAGGCGGUGUACACGGUGCUGGCGCGGGAGAACAACUUGGCGGGCGCGGAGCUGGCGCGGCUGUGGGCGCGGGACCCGGACGAGGCGGGCAACGGGCGCGUGAGCUACUCGUUGUGGGAGGGCGCGUUGGGCGGGGGGUCGGGGUCGUGGGGGUCGGGGUCGGGCUCGGUGGGGGGUGUUGCGGCGUCGAGCUACGUGUCGGUGGAGGCGGAGAGCGGCGUGUUGCGGGCGCUGCAGCCGCUGGACUACGAGGAGGUGCAGGUGCUGCAGUUCGAGGUGCGUGCGGUGGACGCGGGGGAGCCGUCGCUGUGCGGCAACGCGACGGUGCAGCUGUUCGUGGUGGACGAGAACGACAACGCGCCGGCGCUGCUGCCGGCGGCGGGCGGCGGGUCGGAGGCCGGGGCGGUGUCGGGGGAGGCGGGGACGCUGUGGGCGUGGGCGUCGUGGGGUUCUCCGUCGGGUCAGGUGGUGGCGAAGAUCCGGGCGGUGGACGCGGACUCGGGCUACAACGCGUGGCUGCGCUACGAGCUGUGGGAGCCGCGGGGCAAGAGCGCCUUGUUCCGCGUGGGGCUGUACAGCGGCGAGGUGAGCACGGCGCGGGCGCUGGAGGAGGCGGACGGGCCGCGGCAGAGGCUGGUGAUCGUGGUGCGGGACCACGGCGAGCCGGCGCGCUCGGCCACGGCGACGCUGAGCGUGUCGCUGGUGGAGGGCGGCGAGGCGGCGCUGGCGGCGGCGGCGGGCUCGUCGUCGCUGCUGCCGCGCUCGUUGGCGGGCGGCGAGAGCGGCUCUGGGCCGGCGGCGGCGGCGGCGACGAACGUGUGGCUGGUGGUGGCGAUCUGCGGCGUGUCGAGCCUGUUCCUGCUGGCCGUGGUGCUGUACGGGGCGUCGCGCUGGGCGCCGCGGGCGGCCGUGCUGUCGGGGCCCGGGCCCACGACGCUGGUGUGCGCCAGCGAAGUGGGCAGCUGGUCGUACUCGCAGCGCCACAGCCGGAGCCUGUGCGUGGCGGACGGCGCGGCCAAGAGCGACCUGAUGGUUUUCAGCCCCAACUUCCCGCCGCCGCCCGGCGCCGCGGCCAAGGACACGCAGCCGGAGCCUCCCUCUCUCCUCGACACGGUCAGUGGCCCUCUCUCUCUGUCUCCUUCCUUCCCCGGAGAACUCUCCUCUCUUCCGUCCCCUCUGAUCCGCCCCCUGGGCCGGUGCUGUUGCGAGUCUGGCCCCGCCUCCGCUGCUUGAGGGCCGAGGGCACUUAUGGAUAUUAACGGGACUUGUCUAUGUGCCCCCCAGUCCUUUCCGGAGAACCCUGGCUCUUGGUGUGUGUGUCUGGUGAAAUAACAGUGUUACGGUACCCUGGAGCUGAGAUUUGCUGCAGUGGGCGGGAGUUGUGUCCUAGAAUGCACUGCCUAUUUUGAUGAGAGCUGCUCUGAGUUGUCAGCUUUGUAGGUGAUGCUCUUGUUUGCUGUUGUGUAGGGUUUCGAUGAGAGCUUGAUGAGAUAUACAAGACAGGGAAGCUGUGGUGGUGAUAGUCCCCGAGCCACUCUUUACUGUCCUAUUGCCUUUGUUGACAGUGUUGGGAUUAGGUCUGGAUUAUUAUCAAAAACUGUCCUCUUCCAUUCAUUCCCCUUGCAAGAGAUGUGAUGCAAAGGUACCUUUGAGACUUCAAAUUUUUGGCUCCCUGUGGAAAGAACAAUUGUGUAUUUAGUUUCUGUCAUCAGACUCAUUAAGAAAGUAGGAAAGACAGUACAGACUUUUACUGUCAUCUUUUUCUGUAUAUCUUUUUGCUCUACUUAUUACCUGUUCAGACAGAGGAGUGUGACCCAAGGUAAGUGUUAGAAUUCACAGUUUUCUUGGUAUUGUCCUGCUCUGCCUCUCUGUUGUGAAUUUGCAUUCUUGGCCAGAGAAAUGGUAUGAAAUAUGGUAGCCUCUUUUGAUAUUCUAUCAAAAUGUGUAUGAAAAAAUCACAUAAUUUCAAGACUGCUGCAAAUAUUUUCUGAAUAAGGAAACUCCAAACAAGGAAAACUCCAGACAAAGGUAAAGAAUAAGAAUUCCCCACCAAAAUCCAAACCAAAUUCUCCUAUGUUGCUGUUAUCAUCUUUUACAGUGCUGUUCUCAUCAGCAUUUUGAUUUCUCUCUUAGGUCAUGUCAUCAAUGCCAUUGCCAUUAGGGCUGUCACAACAUCACCUUUAGAAAGUAUUUCUCCCUGGUUUUCCAUGUUUCCAUGUGAGGUAGCUGAAGCAUUGCAAAACAUGAUGGGUCAGCAGCAGAGUCUGCUGGACACUGUGGAUGUGAUGCAUGUGUAUGUUUUUCCAUGGUGCUCUCAUGGAUGAAGGGGUUCACAAAUGCUGGAGUGAAAAGGAACUGUGGCAUGUUUAUGAAAGUGGGUGUGGCAGCGACAGAACAGGGCCCAGACAUUUCCUGAUGUGACCUUGAGCAGUGGGAAGGCUUGUCAAAGGAAGGUGGGAAUCAUUGGAAGGCCAUGGGCCAUGUCUUAAGGACAAGAGUGAGAGAU